AUGAAAGUAUUGGGUGCCUUGGUUAUCUUGAUGGCGCUCGGCCCUCUGGCCUCAGCUAUAUUCCAAAAGGUAGCAAAUGAGUGCGCAAAAAAGGGCGGAAUUACCCCAUACUUUCUUGACAACAAUCCCCACAGUAGUCGAGUCAAGUGCUUUUACGCUUGUCAAUUGGAAAAGCUUGAUUUAGUUGCCAAUGGAGUCGACGAACCCAACCUGUCCGUACUAAACUUAACACAGGAGAACUACGACAAAUAUGCUAAAGUGAUUAAAAAAUGCCUGAAGAUAACAUAUCCCAGCAACAACAAGUGUGAGCUCGGAUUUUUGGUAUUCGAAUGCCUUAAAAAGGACAUCGACGGAUUGCCCUAAUUUUACUG